GAAUUAGGAUCAAUCUCUCAACACUUACAACAUAGUGACCGCUCUAUCCACGCUACUACAUUCUCAUCUGAUACUACUACAAUCUUUGAAUCUAAUACUGAACAACAAUUUUAUCAAUCUGCUGAAAUUCCUGAAGAUAUAACUAACAUUCAAUUUCCUACACUAACUACUAAGUUCUCUUUUUCUUCAAACAGUACUGAUCUUUUAGAGGCUGAUUUUUAUACUCCUACCCCUAGUUCUAUAAUUCCUCCUACUGAUUUAAUUAACCAAGAGAUGGAUACUGAUAGUAUUGAUGAAUUAGUGCUAUAUGGAGCUCCUCCUUCUUAUUUAACUGAGAAACAAGAACAAAUUCGCCCUUCUACCCCAAAAACUAUUAUCAAUGUGGAGCAAGGAAAUUUAUUCGAUAAUAAUAACAACCAAGUUGAAUAUAUUUCUAUAUACCCGACUAUAGACAAUACUCCUAUUGUUAAUUAUUGGGAAGCAGACCAACCCCAAGAUAAUACUAAGAUUGACCCUUGGAACCCCACAACAGACCCACAAUUUCGACAAGUUCCACUUUUUGAAGAUACUGUAUUACAACUUCCUGGAGGUUUUUCUAACCAACAACCUUGGGAUCACAAUCAAAGUCAAUCUAUUUCACCUACAGGCUCAGACUAUAUACAAGUUCAUACUAUUGAUUAUACAACUUUAUUUGCUAAUAAUGAGUUUGCAGGUGAUAGCGAAUUGGAAACAACCAAAUCAUCUGAAGAGGAAUUAUUUAUAGUAGAGUCAUCUGAAGAGGAAUUAUCUGAAAACGCAUAUUUAUUAAA